AUGCUUCCUAGCUUCCUCCAGGAUAGUUACAGGCAGUACAAAAACGACACUAACCGGUUCGCAAUAUGGCUGGUCAACUUUGCGAAGAAGGUUGGCCUUGAACCUGCCUGUCUUUCUUCCACUCCAGCGGCCAAGAGGAAGAAAAAAGAUACCGGUCAGCCUAGGUCUUUCUACCGCCUGACUUACAAUCAUUUAAUCACAGGCUCUGCAUCCAAGGCAGCUAAAUACCAAGUCACUGUAGGGGAGCUUUUGACGCUCGCGCGAGCUAUUUCUAACACCAGCCUCAAAGCGCCCUCCCGGAUGCUCAACGUUGCCAAACGUGCUAUUGCGCUCCGUAAGAAUGUGACUUUGUGGUUUUUAGGACGGGGUCGCGAUGCCGUCGACAAAAGACAUGCCCAUUUUAUUCAGGUUUUGGAAGAAAUCUGCGAGCUUCUUUCCUGGGAAACAACGCCGUCAUCUGGCUCAACGAGCACUGCCCACCGCGACAAGAAACCUACUGGCGUAGUCGAAGAUCACGACUCGUCCGCGCCCGCUUGGGUUAAUCGGUUUGCUUCUCUCGUUGUCGAAGACGCUGAAGAUGAAUCAGCAGCGUCAACUACUACUAACGUUAGUGUUGUCCAGCUGGAAGUUGUCGAGAAUGACGCAGAGGAACCUGAUGACGACUUCCUGUCCCAGCCCUUUUUCAGAAUUCUAUGCUUGCUCCAUGAUUUGUCAAACUGGAGACGCUUUUUGUCCGACACCUGGACUGAAUAUAGCUGCUCCAAGGUCGAUCUCGCGACUGCCGCUGUAGUCACAGACACCGCCCUGCAGCUGGCGCGAGAUUUGGUCCAAGAUGUCUUGGAGGACCUCCAGCACCAAUUCCCUGUAGGAGGAGUAGGCCUGCAACAACUGGUUGUUUCCGUGGCUGCCCAGCUGGCAGGGAUCUCAUUGCACCCACCCCUACCACAGCAGGGCGGCCUGCCUUACAAUGAGGAACUGUCAGAUAUCGCUGAAUUUGCGUUCUUUCCCACCGGAGUCCUGCUACAGUCAUUUCUCGCCGUUAUCAAAAACGGCAACAUUCCAGUUUACAAGCCAGGUUACUACGGCAACUAUAACGCCAAGGCGGAUCGACUCAAGAUGUCCGUUGUCGAAAAAUUCAAUGAGGACAAGAUUCUUUUGCUGGAGCUUCUUCCCGAAUAUUGCGUGGUUGCAAAUUUUGGCGCCCUUUUGCCUGUGCGCGACGAGAUCACCGCCGGCUUCGUCGAGUAUUACACUACUAAAGAUUUCAACUUGUGGCACUGCUUUGCCUCUCAAGUCGUCCUCGACGCCCACCACGCUACUCGCUACUGCCGCCUGAGCGCCGCCGCGGACCUUCGUAUGAGCGGCUUAUGCAUCGCGAGAACCAUCGACGACUAUUUCAAACUAUCCAAAACUCACCCGCACCCGGAAUUCUGGCCCAAAGAGGGAGACCUGGAGAUUGAAGAGAUACGGAACCUCAUCGCGACCUGGAUCGAAGGAGAUCCUCUUUUGGCAAUAAGAAUGGAUGCCUACUCCGUGAUCGACAAAAACAAUCGGUCUGGCGCCCAGCAGCUCUUAUUCUCACGAAACCCUGUCAUUUGCGGUAUCUUGGUCUUCUCCCUCAAGGUCCGCAUGCAGAUCAUCGGGCAGUCUCUCCUGUCGCAGUGGUUCGAUGUGCAGCAGCUGGCUUUCCUCUACAACCUGGUUCAGUUGACUCCCGGCCUCAAGUUCGCUUGGCCAGACAUGGAGCUCUUCCUCAAAAUCCACGGAGAGAGUAACAUCUUUGUCGGCGAUCGACCAAAAGACGCAGCGCAGUCCUUGAACCGACUUGAGCUGGUCACGGGCAUAUCAUCCGCCACCAGGUUUGCCAAAGAUUCUCGGAAGAAGCAAGGAGACUUCCACAAGCCGGACGGCGUAGGCGGCGCCAGGCGUCUAAAGCCUACUGCCACCAAGGCCGUCAAUCUCGUCCGCAACCGAUAUUUGCAACACACCCCGGGAUAUACACCCCUCCGCAGCAUUGAAGCCGCCGAGGUCGGCAAAUUUCUCGAAGAGCUGUUUAAGGAGUCUACAAUGACAGCCGUCUCCAAAACGGCCAGUACAAAUGGCCCUAUAGCCCAAACACGAGCCCUUCUGGGUCGCAAGUGGCGCAAUACGCGGCAUGUCGGCACCCUCCAGCUCCUUGCAGUGCUAAAGGGCAAGCUGUUUGAGGAGGAGCCAAUCCUCAUGUUCGACUACUUCGGCAUGCACAAGCGGUCCAUGGAGCUCUUCCGCCUAAUCAAGGCAAAGGAGCACCAUAAAUUCGUCCAGUACUUCACCGAGCGGUACAUGCCGUCCGACGCCUUCUUGCCCAAUCUGACCAUCCUUAUCCACCAUGUUGCGCGCGGCUCGGCCGAAUCCGGGAAGGCCAUGGGUCUUGGGAGCACCUCCGGCCGCGACACGUUUCAGGUUAGUCGCAUGGUGACGAGCUGUGGGGAGGUAAUGGAGUCCUAUUUGAAGAACAACGGCGAUGCGACGAUCAAGUACUUGAAGCUGUUCGCUAAGAACAAAAAGCAACUGCUGGCAAUAGUCGAAGAGCAUCAGGCCGCCGUCGCACCAGAUGCCGGGGAAGAGAAGUACUUUGCUUGGUUUUGCACGGACCAGUUUCUUGGCCCAAACGAGAUGGAGUCACUUAAGACAGGCAUUCCGUUGGCUUAA